UAGAUGGGCGCUCGAGUUUGACUCUCCUUUCCUUCUUUUCGUUAUGGAACGAUACACUGAAUGCAAGCUUAAGGCCUUUGAGAUUGGUAGUAAAACACCCUGUAUAAAUAUGUUAGCCAACACAAAAUUAAAAAAAACAUGAGCAGUUACUGACGCCUUUGCUUAGCCAAAUACAUGUUUACUCAUCCUAAGCACAUUGCAUAUAUUCUAUAUGAAUGUACGUAUAUGUAAGUGCAUGCAUAAAGAAGUUGAAUUGUCGUUGCUUGACCUUUGGAUGAUUAUUUUAGAUACAAUCCACAAAUAGCGCCAGUAUCGUCCAAGCUGAUAAAGUUGAAUUAGGAGAGAAAGACCAACUGAGAUUGUGAGCAGUAAUGAGUAGAUAAUAUCGCGUAUGCGCAAUGUUGGAGCUGUUAAGGCCCAGAAUGUAUAACAUUAAAUGCACUUCCAUUGAACUGGAGAGGCUUUGAGGAAAUUCGUAGCAAACUUAGUUGGAAUUAGCAAAAUUCCACUGGAAUGAACUCAUUUACGAGCGUUACGCUCCCACAUUUCUCAGGUUAUUUCGCAUUUGUAGCUUUAUGACUCCGUGUAACUGCUAGCCAAAACACGCAGUCGUAUCGUGUGCAGGAAUAUUUCAUUUUGUGCGCCUCAAAGUCGGCACUUUUUUCAUCCCUCUUAGCAGUUCUCUCUGUGCAAUCGUAGUGUAAAGACGUUCGACCGGGCAAAACUACGAAAACGGUGCGGACGGCAGAUUUCAUAUCUAAUAGUGUAGUACAAGUCUCAGCUGUAGGUGGCAUUAGCCUUGAUGAUGUGUUUGGUUGAUUAAAAAUUGUUAUUACAAAACUGUAUAUUUACAUACGUGUGCAUGCAUACAUGUGUAUAAUUGAAAUCUACAUUUGUGAACGAACGUAUUUGCAGUUUUAGUUUAUGUAAAUUUGUGUGACGAUAAACUUCAAAGUGCUAAUAACGUUAAAACUCCGCCGUCGCUGAAGACCUGAACAUCUGAUUGUAACCAAGAGAUAAAUGACAAUCAUCCUUCUACUAGGGCGAAUAAUGGUACAAGAACACGUGUCCAACAUAUGCGCCAAAUUGCAUAAAAAAUGAAGUGAUUCGUGAUUCAAAUCACCAACCUCAUUGCCAUAAAGUAGUUUCACCAAAAAUAGCUAUGUUCUUACAUUUGUUUAAAAACUGUUCCAACAGUUUGCCAGAAACAAGCCACUCUGGGCACUCUCCUCCAAUGUACUCAAUGCGAUAAAUUUCUAAACAAACUGAGGAACGGAUAUAACGACAUUACGAUCCUACGACCUGUACUAAGGUCGCAUAAAACUCUCUUCCCGUGGGACGGAUGAGAUUUUUAGGACAUCGUGUUAAACCAACCAUGAGUUCUAUAGCUCUAACAUACGAACCCAAGGCACGUCAAACACAAUACAAACAGCAAACACAGCGAAGAUUAUCAGCUCUAUUGCCAUUAAAUAACGAGUACAGGAGGAAGAAUCUAGUGGAGCUGGCGGCUAAAGGUCGUCCUGCCAAACGCUUGGCAGCGUGUACUGAAGAUCAAUACUCCCAGCGGCGACAAAGGCGGAAAUGUACAAUAAAGACAGCCAGAAACAGGUCAGUUAGUUUCGUGGAUGAGGCGAAAGCGACAGCGUCGAAUUGCAGGCUGUCUUUCUGGAGAUAUGGCGCUAAUUAUAACUUGCGGACAGACUCGAUGCUUAUGAUGAUAAUGAUAUUUGCUGUUGUAAUGGCUGUUGUGAUAUCGGAAAAAACUGUUCUGGCUGCGCAGCGCGACUCAGUAAAACAGAAGAAUCCCAAUAACCUUAGUAGUAAUGCAAAUGUAAUACCAACGGGAAGCGGAGGCGUCGCCAGUAGCGGCACCAGUGCUGUCAACGGAAAUGGGAACGGAAAUGCCAUCGGCGGUAGCAAUACCAAUCCCAACAUGCACAACAAUGAUAUUACCAACGGAAAUCCGAACAACAAUGCGUCGGCCACAAGUAAUGGUAACUCAGCGACGGUCGAUGCCGCGGUUAAUUACGUCACCAUAGCAGCGAGCACCACUUUCGCAAUUGAAACGGUAUUAAGCAGCAGCAGCAGUCCAGUCUCUAGCGGCAAUAUGCAGAAGAACAGCGGCAGCGGCGCCUUCCCUUCAGGCACAUCCGUGGUAAAUCGCAAUACGAUUGAAGUGACGGAGGAUGCUCGCAAUGGCCCAUAUUUCGACAAAGCCGCUUCAAAAAAUGUGACAGCGCUGCUUGGAAAAACGGCAUAUUUAAACUGUCGGGUAAAAAACCUGGGCAACAAAACGAUGCUUUUGCAAGUCUCCUGGGUACGUCAUAGAGAUAUUCAUUUGCUAACUGUAGGACGGUAUACAUACACAUCGGAUCAGCGAUUCCGUGCAAUACAUCAACCACAAACCGAAGACUGGAUUUUGCAAAUAAAAUACCCUCAGCAUCGAGAUUCUGGCAUAUAUGAGUGCCAAGUAUCUACCACACCGCAUAUGAGCCAUUACAUCCACUUAAAUGUUGUUGAACCUUCCACGGAGAUUAUUGGAGCACCGGAUCUGUACAUUGAGAGUGGCUCAACUAUAAAUUUGACUUGCGUCAUACUGAAUUCGCCCGAACCACCUGCUUACAUAUUUUGGAACCACAACAAUGCUAUAAUCAACUAUGACUCUCCGCGUGGUGGUGUAUCCGUUGUAACAAAUAAAGGCGAGACAACAACCUCCUUUUUGCUCAUAAAAACUGCUCGGCCCUCUGAUUCGGGGCACUAUCAGUGCAAUCCAUCGAACGCGAAACCAAAAAGUGUAACAGUUCAUGUAUUAAAUGGUGUUUCUCAUUCCGUUUCCAGGGGAGUUCCCAGCAGCAAUGCAGCGCGCGGGACCAGCGCAUCAUCGAAUGUCCCAAAGUCACUAUCUCCUAGUGUACCUGUCUAUGUACUUGUGCACCUUAGCGUAUGUCAGGUGGUAUAUGCAGCCAUUGGCAGCAGCUGGCACCAAGGAAGCAGAAAUGUGAGGCAUUUAGUUGCGAAGCUUCUGAGCGUACUCGCGUUGCUGGCAACCGAGCUGCUUAACAAGCGACAAGCGAAUCGAAGAAAGGGCGGAAUUUCUAACAACAACUGUGGCUGCGCCUGCAUCGACGCACAGCUCAAAGGAAAUGCGCAGCUGCAACAACAACAAUCUGUAUUCACAAAAUACAAAGUUGCCUGCAGCGAAGUCAUUCACCGAAAAAUAAUUUCCAAAACAAGCAAAUAUUACAUUUCGAUAAGUGGCAUACUUCGCUACCAACUGCUAAAGUCAAGUUUUUACAAUACCAUUAAUAAAAGCUGCGGAAGUAAUAAUUAUGCCAAUACAUCUGUGUUGUUCGAUAGACACAAGUCCGAACCAGACAUCAGGUGAGUGUACUUUAUUUGAAAUCCUGUUCACAGGUUCCAUGGGCUUAUCUAAUACUGAGCAUGGACUCGGUGAACGGAUAUUUGAGGAAAAAUCUAAUUCAAACUCAACAAAUCCGACUAAACUAAACUAAGCUAUAAGUAUGUUAUGAUAAUGAAUUCAGAAUUGUUUUCGUAUUGUAUGUAUUGUAUAUUUUUGGUAUUCGUUUGAUUUGAAUUUUUCUACUUGAGGUGAAAUAGCUCUUUUGUGUAACCGAAGGAAAGCACUUAGAAAAAUUGGAGUACAUGUAAAUUUACUCAUAAGUAAAGUUGUAAAUAAUUAUAAAAUAAUAGAAUAUAAAUUAAAAGAAAAAACAGAGAAAAUCAUAAUUAAGCGAUACAGGAAAUUCGCUUUGAUGUAGAUUACAGUGAGUAAAAUUCUAAAUUGCAAAAAAAUAAAUAAAGUUAGUGAGAACCACUGUGCUUAAAAACAUAAUUAAAGAAAGUUCUACCAAACCAGUGGCUCUAAAAGUAUACUAUGUAAACCGCAUACAAGUAAUUCAUCAUUAAACGAGUACGUAAAUCUGCCUGGCACACGAUUCUUAAAUGCUAUGAAAUGUUCUGUAUUUUCCAGUUGACUAGAUACAUUUUUGAGUAAAGAAAUAUUGCAACAGUAAAGGACAUUAAUAUUAAGUUCGUUGUUAAUUUUGAAAACUGCCAUAAGGUUUUUUUUUAUUAUUUCACCCAGGCCCGACGAGAGGGGGGGGGGAUCGGGUACUUUUUCCCCCGGGCCCGGAGUUUUCAGAGGGGCCCGGACUCGAGAUUAUACGUAUUUAUAUGAAUUAGACAUCAUUGGAAAGGGCCCGUAUUUGCAAUUUUCCCCCGGGGCCCGGAUAUGCUCUCUACGGCCCUGAUUUCACCCAAUCGCUCAGUUUGAAAAUAAUUAAUAAGAGAUGUAUACACAUAAAUUUAAUUGUUAUGCCAUUCGAUAUACAUACCUAUAUGACUUUUAGAUGAUUAGAGAGUAUUUCCAACCUUUUUCGUUUUCAUGCAACUGCUUCUAAUUUGCAAUGUUCUGAAACUUCUACAUUUUCCUAGCCCGCAGUCCACUUGAGAUGAGGCUUGAAUUAUUUUAUAUGCCACUACACUAUCCGCUAAAAGUAGAAAUGACUUUUGUAAGGCAAUUUUCUGCAGUAUACACUCAUACAUGCGUAAUUAUACAUGUACAUACAUAUUUAAGUAAUACAAAGUACUGAUCAAACAAAAAACUGUACAUUUGACAUAAGGUACCUUAAAUAAAAGUUAUGAAAUUUAAUUAAAAUGAAAUUCUUAAAUUAAUAUAAUAUACCAGUCAGUCAUACCAAUAAGCUAAAAAUUGUUACAUAUAACGGUUAGCUUAAAGUAAAAUGUUUUCAAGGUAAACCUCUAAGUGUAGCCUUUGAGAUAACGCAUACUGUUUUUUAUUAUAUAAUUAAGCAAUUUGUUUUCUGUUUUCAUUCACACGAGUGCUGUAAGUUUAAGUCUUAAGUCCCGAUAAUGGCAUGGUAAACCGAAAUCGUUAAAUAAGAAACCUAAAGAACACAACGCAAAAUAAAAACUGCAAUUUCGUUUGUUGUUGAAAUUUUAGCAUAGUACUACAUCACAAAGACAUACCGUAGAUAAUAAAAUAAUAAAUAAAUGAUUAUAAAGAAAACGAAAAGUGAGCAAGGUUAAAAAACGAAAUGAGACCAACAACAAAAAACACAAAAAAUAACAAAAAACCAAAAAGUUAAAUGUUUAGAUUAAACAACAAUACUAAAAUUCAAGUUAAAUAAGCAAAUCAUAAUAAAAUCCUUGAACCGAACAAAAUAAAGUCUGCGGCAGAAAAUAAAAGUGAGAUAAAACCGAAACUGUUAAGCAUGGAAAUUAAGGGAAAUACAGUGAAUGUAAUGAAUUGGCAAUCGCCAAUUUCGUCAGAACGUGCAUGCAUGAAUAUCGAAAAUCAGCUACAUAAGUAAUACAUAUACUCACAUAAAAUUUAAUAAAUUAUUAUAAGGAUGUUUUAACAUUUCAUUAAAAUCGGUUCUGUUUCGUCAGGCGGUCAUAAGAAAGGGUUUGAAUAUACUUUGUGAUGAAUAUUUAGAAUAGUGAUUUGCAACAAGCGUUUGUGCUUCUUGGUUUAUGCGUUUUCUUUUUAUUUUGAAAUUCAAUAAAAUUUCGCUUAUAUUUUAUAUUAAAUGUCCAGCAUUUGUGUAAACUACAGAACACAUUAAUGCAGUGUGCACACAUACAUAUAUAAGUGUAUAUUUAUAUAUUUAAAUUAAAUUUAAUUUAAUUGAAUAACAAAAUUAUUCUUAUGUAAUAAUUUCAAAGUGUUUAAUAAAGGAUAAAAAAAUAAAUAAAUGAACGUAAAACAAUUUCAAACGAUUUGAUUUUAACUGCUCAUGCGGGUAUGCUUAGCACCCCCCAACAUAGGAUGUGAAUAUUUAUCAAAACUCGACUCCACUAUUCUACUUGUAUUCCUUUUCGGGAUGUGAGCUGUUAGAUGUUAGGAAUUGUAAUUGUUCUACUGUUGUACUGUUUAGUUUGUUUUUGUUUUCGUUUUGAAAAUCAAUAACUCCGCGUCAAGUGGACUCGAUACAUCUCAAGUUAGUUGCCAGAAACAUAGCGAUGAAGCUAUGGAGUAACAAAUCAUAACAAUCGGUUGAACUUUAAACAGAUCAAAGUGUGUGUUU